GUAAAGAAGCUCUAUACAGUAUUGAGGAAGAUGACAGGUACUAUGUUGGCAUCAUAAACUCAAACCCUAGAAGCAUUAUAAUGACUAUGGAUGUAAACGUUUCAUCGAAGAUGUACGAUACCACGAGAGCAAAGAGCAUGUGUUCAACAACGAAGGGUUCAUGUCGGCUCAAUCUUCUCUUCCCAAAAACAGAAUAUGUUAUCAUAUCUACACCGAACAAUGGAGAUCUUGGUAGAUGGUAUAUUGAGAUUUCAUUUGCGGCAAGAAUUCUCACCUACAUUACAAUUUUAGGAUUUUUUGUGAUUAUAAUUUAUCUCAUGUUGAAAUACCUUGGAGCAUGUGAUAGUGAGAGGCAAGUCGAAGAAUUUCCGGCCAUCCGAGAAAUAACCGAGACCUAUCCUUUGAUGCCGGAGAAGACAUACGGAUUGCCAUAUGGAACAGGGGAGGAAGAAGGGGAGUCUGUCACUUCUAGCUCAUCGGAGGAUUUAUAUGAUGGGAAGAUUUGUGUUAUUUGCUAUGAUAUGCUGCGCAACUGCUUCUUUGUUCCUUGUGGCCACUGUGCCACAUGCUGUGAUUGUGCUCAGAGGUACAUUCUUUACAACAACUUCAUAGAUUAUGGAUGGGGAGAACAAAAUGUGUCCAAUUUGUCGACGGCUAAUCCACAAA